CUGAGAGCACUGAGGUUUGAGGAACAUUUUAUUAGCUGUGACAUUACAUAUUGAAGGUAAUAAUAAAUGAUUGGAGCUAAUCAAACCUCGAUUGGAAAUCUGGCAACGCUGCGAUGCUGAGAAUAAUAUUGUCACGUGACUCUGGAGGCUGAGUUCAUUGGUCAAGUAUGUCAACAUUGUGUAGUAGGAAGAAGAAAAUGGCCGACGAAGUGUAAGAGUCGGGCGCUCUGUACUUUCACUGACACCAAUCUCAUUAUGAAAUGAACAUUUUGUGCGACUUCGGCUGACUAGUUGCAGACAAGUUUUGACUUGCCUGUUCAACAUCAGCUGGUGUUGUAACGCCAUUCAUCAAUGGCUAAGCCUUUUGAGUUUAGCUGGAGGAUUCCAGUACCAGAUGUCUUGCAAAUUGGAUGUGUCUUUGACAUUUGGGAUGAGGAAUAUUCUGUUUACGAAUCGAACUGCAUUGUUAAAGUUGACGAGUAUGGGUUCUUUAUUUGUUGGAAAAGUGAAGGCAGG